AUGUUCAUUGAGACUCGACAAAGUCGAAAAGGAAAAAAAGUGGAUGAUGAAACACAAACUGCAAUUGAUAAGCUUCAAGAUUCUGUUAAGAACUCGACCGAAUCUGAGACAUCUACGUCAUUGUUUGGGAAAGAAAAAUUUGGUCGAGUACGUUGCUAUGGAAGAACAAAUACACCAACCAUGUUUAAAAGAAAUCAAGAAAUUUCGGUUAUUAAAAAGCAGCAUAGUGAUGAAGUGGCUGGAAUGAAGAGGGAGAUGGAUGGCAUGAAGGUACUUUUUAAGACCACGAUGAAGCAAGAAAACCCGCAUAUGAGUGACGAGAAGAUCUCUAAUAUGAUGGCAUCUGCGUUGGGAACUACCACUAGUACUACUGAACAUCAUAAUGGUGAUGAAGAAGCUUGUGAUGAUGAUCAAGAUAUGGAAGAAGAACAAGAAGAAGGUUGUGAUGAUCAAGACGAAGAUGAAUAUUAUGAUGCAUGA